UAAAUUUGUUAUUUUUAUUCAUUGAAAGUGGCCCUGGUUUGUAAGAACUAUUUUUAUUUUUUAAACGAUGGUUAUAUCGUUAAACCUUUAAAAGUUUUUUAUUGUAUAAUUUUGUAAAAGCACAGAUGAGUAAUUUGGCAAAUAAAGAGCGCCGCGGGCUCAGCACGGUGUCCCCAGGGACGCCCGUGGUCAGCGCCCUGCUGCGCGGGCUCCCCGGCUGCCGCUCCCCGGCACAGACGCUGUCCGUGCUGAAGGAAGUGGUGCGUGCGCUGUGCUCGGAUGAGAGGGAGAGGCAGCUGUUCUACCUGUGCCGAGGCGUGCAGCAGGUGUCGGAGCUCUGCGACCACGGGGACCGGCAGGUCUCGGAGUGCGCCUUCUACCUCCUCGGCUGUGCUGCCGAGCAGCACGGCGGGGUGAGGCGGGCGCUGACCACGAGCGCCGUGUUCGCGCGGCUGUCGCGCGCCGUGGGGCAGGGGGCCCUGGGCGCGGCCGUGUUCCUGCUGUCCGUGCUGGCGGCGGGCGACGGCCUGGCCCGGGCGCUGGUGCGCCAGUCGGGCUGCCUCGACCGCCUGCUGCACCUCUUCCUGCUCAUGAGCCGCGACAAGCUCCCGCGCUCCUGGGGGAGCAGCGCAGCAAGGUCCGUGCUGCAGCAGUGGUGCGUGCUGUGCACGGCUCUGAGCGUCAGCAUCGAUCCCUCCGUGAGCCGUGCCAACCAGGCCGAAGCACGGAUCAUCCUGCCCCAGGCGGUCGGGCUGCUGAGCUACUGGAGCGUCCAGGGGGAGUACGACAAGCACCUGAUGCGCUGGGCCGAGACUGUGGCGUGGCUGGUCGCGACCGUCCUCCUGGGAAACGCAACCAACCAGGAACAGUUUUUCUGGCUGAACGGCAUCACAGUCGUUAUCAGGGCGCUGCGCAGGUACGAGCGGCUACCGAGGAGCGACCGGCACUGCGAGCACAGGAUGCUGUGUCUGCUGGACGCCGCGGUGUGUGGCAGCGAGACCAACUGCGAGGCGGCCGUGCAGCAGUCGGCCGUGCCACUGGCGCUCAGGGCUUUCCAGCGAGGGAACAGCAAGGUGAUGCUCGUUGCUCUGAUGAUACUUACCCAUCUGAUGGAAAGAAGCCCGCAGCAUUGCCGUGUGUUUGUCGACGAAGGCGGCCCGGAGGUAUUGGCGCGGGCCACUCGGCAUCUGGACGGAGACGCGGACCUGGCGAGGGCUGCUGACCGCCUGCUGUCGCGGUACGCCGAGCAGUUGCUUGCCGUGCCGCAGGACUGCGGCCGUGAGGGGGCGGGGCCCACGUGCCCGGGAGGCCGUGCAGAAGCGUCCGCUCCCUCCACCAUCAUGAGUCACCUCAGGUCGGCGUGCAGUCGACUGUUCUCCAAGCCGACGGGCUCUCGUGCAACGGACGUGGCAGGGGCUGAGGCGAUCCAGGACGGAAGUUACUCUUGCCUGCACUGUGAGGCUUGCAGCAGCGAGCAGGGCUUCGUGGGCCAGACUUCGGUAGCAGUGCAGACAACUCCUUUAUUUGCACUGAAGAGCAGGAAGUGCGAUGUGAAGUCUGGCAACACGGGAGCUGCACUCGGGGUGGCGUCUCCGUCUCGUGAGAGCACGGACUACGACGCGUGGCAGAACAGUCUAGCCAGGAACUCGACCAGCACUCCUCGGAAACCGUGCGUCUCGGUUCUGGCCACGACGCCGUCCAAGUCGUGCCACGCCCCCUCCUCCAUCAGCGGCCGCUCCGACCGGCUCGUGUGCGUGCGCAAGUUCUCCGCAGCUGAGGUCGGGAGCUUGUUCAGAGGAGUAGAGUUGCAUGGACCAGACUUCCAGGCUAUCUUGAGAGCUUUCCCUUUCCAUCCUAAGAGAACUUCAAGAGAGUUGUUCUUAAAAUGGAGAAGCAUUAAAAAGCAGACUCCGUGGGCGAUGCAACCGGCAGACUCCAAGUGAAGAACCAACGCAACAGCAUACCAAGUGCAACACAGUGGGGAUCUACAAACUAUUAUUUUCAUCGUGAAGUCCAGUCAUGCUCUCAUUAUGACUAUGAGUGUAAAUACACGCGUGUCUUUUGGAAAUCAGGAAGAAAAUAUACUGACUUGUUUUUUAAUUUCAUAAAAUUUGAAUUUUAAAAAUGAGAAAAUAAUGUAGGUAUAUAAUAUAAAUGUAAGAUUAAAAAAUUGACUUUUUGUUACACAUAUAGAGAGUAAAAUUUCCUAUGGCUGUGCUAAAUAAAUAACAAAAAAAUAGUUAUCCAUUAAAAACAUAGGUACCUAUAUUAAAGUAAGAGACAUCUGUAUCCACAUAUUUUAUUCUGCUGUAGUUUUGAGCUCACGUGAACCAUUCUUAUGUAAUAUAUAUGCUAAAUAAAAUUGUAUAUAUUAGAAUAUUCUUGUUAUUGUAUGACACUGCCUCA